AGAUAAGAACGGCCAAGCUGCUCUUUCGGUCAUCAAAAGCAUGCGCUGUUUAAUGUACGAGUAUGAGAUUGAACUCACAACUGAGGGCUUUUGUACCAGGAAUCCCAAUUUCAACAUUUCUUCUUCAAAAGAAAGCCAGAUGUAAAACCUAGCGCUAAAGAACAAUGCAGGGAUUUCAAUAUUUAUUGUUUCACAUUUGCCUAAGCUUGGUUUGGCUUUCUGAGGGAAAAUCAAUAAUUCAAGUCACUCAGCAAGAAGACGAGAGCCUGGAGGAUGACCUAGAGGAGCAAGACAUCUUGGAAGACUUUUCUGAGCCUAUGAAAGAAGAUUUUCUAAAGAUGCUUAACUUGUCUGUGGUUCCAAAUGAACAGAGGAACGUUCAGCCUCCUCCGUUUAUGAUGGAGCUUUACAACAAAUAUGCUUCAGAUAUGUCCUCUGUCCCACGUUCUGAUGUUAUUCGGAGCUUUGUCUUACAGGAGGUGACCCAUUCAGUGGUCAGGGAGAAUAAAUCUUCACACAGGCUACUAUUCAACGUUUCAAUCCCUAGCUCUGAAGAAGUCACAGUAGUCCAGCUCCGACUCUUCGUGCUGUGGCAUAGAAGUCAAUCAACCUGCGAUGAUACUUCCAUUACCAUUUUUAAUGUAGUACGCAUGAAAAACCAAGAAAUAUUACACCUUCUGGACAGGAAGGACAUCAGUGACACAGCGCACACAUGGAAAGCUUUUGAUGUAACAAGUGCACUCCAGAGUUGGCUUCAGUCAAAGUGUGGAGCAGGUGAAUUAGUGGUUGAGGUGCAAAGUCAGGGCUGUAAGUCAUACCAAGGUGGAGGCUACAAGAUCAGCCUGAAUUUGGAGGACAGCACCUCACCUGUUUUAAUUGUCUUUUCAAAUGACCUUGAGAACAGGAUGAGAAAAGCCAAAACUGAGGUACAAGAGAUGAUGGCUCAUGAAGAUGAAAAGUUUUUAUUGCGCGUCAGUCCCUUUGACAACUAUACCAGUGAGGAUCAGCAUCGUAGAAGGAAGCGAAACGCACGUAAGAACUACUGUCGGAGAACGUCGCUGAAAGUGAAUUUCAAGGAUAUUGGAUGGGACAAGUGGAUUGUUGCACCACCUGAGUAUGAUGCCUAUGAAUGUAAAGGCGUGUGCAAUUUUCCUCUGACGGAUGAUGUAACCCCCUCUAAACAUGCUAUCAUUCAAACAUUGGUGAAUCUGAGAAACCCAAAAAAAGCCAAUAAGGCAUGUUGUGUUCCAACAAAACUGGACCCUUUAACUGUCAUGUACCAAGAGAAUGGCAUUAUCACUGUCAGACACCUGUAUGAGGAGAUGAAAGUGGCAAAAUGCGGAUGUAGGUAGUGAGGAGAAUAAGCUGCUUUAUACCUUCAAAAUAUAUAUAUAUUUUCUGCAUGUAAAAAAUGUUAAACAAAAAUCUAUUUAAAUUAAAUAGAUAUUAAAUAAAUAGUAUUAAUUAAAUAGCAUUAAUUAAUACUAUUUAAUUAAUAAUAUUUAUUUAAUAAUUAAUAUUAUUAAUUAAAUUGUAUUAAUUAAUGCUAUUUAGUUAAUAAUAUUUAUUUAAUAAAUAAAUAAAUAUUAUUAAUUAAAUAGUAUUAAUUAGUUAAUUAAUUAAUUACUAUGUGUUCAUUUAUGUAUAGAAACUGCUUUAUUCUGGUAAUAAAAUUAAACAUAUAUUAUAUAUAUAUUAUAUAAUAAUAACAAAUAUUAAUAAAAAUAAGUACUUAAUGAACAGCAUCAUAUUUAUGUAUUUAACCUUGGCCUCAAAUGCCAUUCUAUUGUUUUUUUAGUGAAUUUUUUGUAGUACAAUUACAUUUCAGAAUGAUUUUCAUAUAUCAUUUAUCAUUUAUCUCAGUGAGCUCUUUGUGCUGGUUAGGGUCACUCUGGAUUCUGGGAUACACCCUGGAAAUGAAAGGCCAGUCCACCAUGCACACAUAUUCACACACUCAUUCAUACCUAGCAGCAAUUUAGAGUAGACAUUCCACGUUCUGGGGUGUUUUUUGGGAGGUCAGAGGAAACCCGGUGACUCUGGAGGACGUAAUCCGGAUUUAGGAUUUAACCAGCAACCCAGUCUGAAUGAAACAACACCCAGUGUGCAGCCACUAUUUUCCUUUAAUUUCAAGUAUCCACUACUUUUCUUUUUUAAGAUCGCUGAAUAUUCACUUUAUUAAUGCAAAGCCUGCUAAAAUGAUGUUCAUUUAAAGCAUGCAUAAAAACAUAUUAGAUAUUAUUUAUACAUAGUGUCACGUUUUCUGUUCCAGGGCAAGGCAACCAUGUGACAGCUUCCUGAUCGAGUUCUUGUAGCUUAACAUGUUGCAUAACUGCAUAAAAUGAUAUGAUAGGACAAGUGCUUGUAUUUAUUUAACUUCCCACCCAGUUUUCAGCUAAAAGAGCUUGUGUCUAGAAUGUGUGCUCUUUGGAAACUAUUUAGGCGGUACACCUAACACUUGUAUAUAUAUGUAGAUACUGGCCUCUACUGAUCAAUUUCAAAAACUAAGUGGUUGUGUGUACCGUCCUCAAUUAAUUCUGCCUCUGACUUGCAUUGCAUGUGUCUCAUAUGCUGAUUGAUUCUGAUAUAUUUUCAAAUAUGUCUUAAUAAUAAAAUAUUUAAUCAAAAAUCUGUGCUUAUUAAGUUUUUUCACACACUUGAACACAAAGCUCUUUAUUCAAUUUAACACAUGCCUUAUUUUAGGGGCCAUGUAAUGUGCAUGUCGAAGUGAUUUGGGGGUGUUUGGUGAUGUUAAGCAUCACAUUAACUGUCUUUAGUUAUUGUGAUUUUAAUAUAAAUAUAGUACUGUAAUUAAAUUUGUUUUUGUUUUUGUGUAUAUGGAAAAUUAAAAA